ACACACACACACACACACACACACACACACACACACACACACACUGAUCCACACCGCUGGACUCUGGACCGCCUCAGGAUUCCCUCAGGACCGUUACCCACCAUGCACCUCAGGAGCCAGUCUGAGCAGCAGGGGGCCCCUCAGGUCGGGGCCCCUUGGCGGAGCUCCAGGACCAGUGGGGCGUCUGCGCCGCGCCGCACGCCGAUGGGAGCUCGUUCCUGGGUGAGCCUGCUGCUGGGGGCCCUGCUGGUUCCUGGAGCCUGGAGCUUCCUGAGCGAGUCGGAGGAGGAGCUGCUGGUGGAGAUGCACAACUUCUACAGAGGACGGGUUUCCCCCAGCGCGUCGGCCAUGAUGCCCCUGAAAUGGGACCCGAACCUGAAGCUGGUAGCGGAGGGCUACGCUGCUAAAUGCAUCUGGAACCACAACCCGGCGCUGGACGACACGGGGGAGAAUCUGUUUGUGAGCAGCGGGCCUCUGGACCUCCGAGACGCUCUGGAGAAAUGGUUCCUGGAACAUUUGAACUUUGACUACCAGAACAACAGCUGUGAUGAAGACAAGAUGUGUGGGCACUACACACAGAUGGUUUGGGGCGACACACACCGGGUCGGAUGUGCUUUCCAUCUCUGCAACACGAUGGAGUUGCUGGACUGGGAGCGAGUGUCAUUCCUGGUCUGCAACUACUUCCCAGCGGGGAACUUUGAGGACCAGCGGCCGUACGUUGAAGGCGACUGGUGCUCCAGCUGCCCAGAAAACCUGCAGAAGUGUGAGAACAAUCUGUGCGUUCCUGACGUGGAGGAAGAGGAGGUCACCGUGGGGUCAUCUGAUCCGCCUCCUGCUGCCAGUCCUUCAUCAACGUUCACUGCUGCUCCUGCUGCCACGACUCCCAGAGCUCCCAAUACUCCCAGUAUGACCCCCACGGCACGCAGCGCUGCAGACUCGCCUCCUCCAGGAACCGCGGAGCAGGAAGUCUUCUUCUCUCCCACAUCCAGAGCACCGCGGGAGGAAGAGGAGGCCGGGAAGAGCGAUGAGAAGGAGAGGGAGGAGAGAGUCAUCAGGAAGCAGGAGAUCUGGCAGAAAACGUUUCCUCAGUCCAACAUCUCGGCCGGUUCCGGUUCUGUGAGCGCGGCACCGGUCCUGCUGGCCGGCUUGGCCGGACUCCUGACUCUGUGGCUGUGAGCAGAACCAGGAGAACCGCCGGGGAGCGAACGGCCUCCCGCUCUGACCCUUAAUAAUUCACAAGCUGCUGUUUUAACUACAUCUGGACUGGAAACUGGGUCAGAGAACCUGAUUCAGCCUGAACGGAACCAGAACCAGAACCAGACCUGGGGGAAAACGAGCUGAUCUGACGGGAACAAACACAAACCGGAGACCGGAAACUGGAAAACAAAGUUUUCCACUGGAAGCAGGUUUACCUGCCGAAGCUGCUAAAUUAGAAAGAUGUCUCACUCUUUUAAAAAUCUAACAUUUAAGAAACGAACCAAUGGGCUUCCGUUUGUAAAGUUACACAGUCCGAAAUUAACAGCAAUAAUUUGAUUUAAUUAAACGGUUCAUAUUGCAGUCAUUUUUUAAAACCAUAUCAUUAUUUCAUUAGCAGCUGUUACAGUUAGCAAGCUAGUUAUUUAGCUAGCAAGAAAGAUAUCUAGACUAAAACUAAAUAUUUAGCUUCAAACUAUUUAGCUAUUAGGCUAAAUAUUUAGCUAGCAAACUCGAUAUUUAGCUUCACACUAUUUAGCUAACGAGCUAAACAUUUAGCCUCAAACUGAAUUUUAAGCUAGCAAGCUAAAUAUUUAGCUUCAAACUAAAUAUUUUAUUACCAAGCUAAAUAGUUAGCCUUAAAAUGAAUAUUUAGCUUCAAAUUACAUAUUUAGUUUGAAGCUAAAUAUUUGGUUUGCAAACUAAAUCUUUGUAUUCAAACUAAAUAUUUACCUCAGAACUAAAUUAGCAGAUAUGGAGAUUAAAUUUCUGGAUUUAUCGACGUGUGAAUUUCCAUUUUAGCUAAAUAUUUAGCUAAAACUGUGACUUUUAUAAAUAAAUGAAUGGAACGAGGAAAAAUAUGACUUUGGAAAUUAAAGCCCCAUUUUCUUCUUUUAUGCUAAAUAACCCAAAUUAUUGCUGUUUAUUUUGUAACUUUGCAAAAGGAGUUUGUAUGAAUCCAGUUGAACUCCCAGAGUUUACAUUGUGACAUUAAAGUGACGGUUCAUCGGAUUGCUGAGGCGUAGUCAGUAUCUUACCUCAGGUACCCUAAGAUCAGGUGUCCCAUCCUGACAGUCCAGGUCCGGCGCUAAGCUAACAAGUCCUUUCAGCUAAUCCCCGAUUUUAAUCAUUAAAUGAUCCCAGAAUAAUCACCGGAAAACAAAAUUAGCGACUUCACAUAAAGUCCAAGUUUGUCAGAUUUUCUGUUGUUGCACCGUUUCCUUGGCGACUGUGGGAAUAAAGUUUUUAAUAUUUUUGUUGAUUUGUGAUGUUUUUCCAUGAACUGUCGGAGCAGAUGUCCACGAAGGACCGUCCCUGUCUCCAUGGUAACAAGGGUUUUAAUGUUCACUACAGAACCAUUAUGGGUCAGAACGGAUCGAGUUGGAGACGUUUUCACUGGGAGUCCAAGGAAAAUGUAGGAGAAAAUGUUUGAAGUGACGACUCUGCUUCUGCUUCUCUUCUCUAACCGAAACUGGCUGUUGAAACUGUCGGCUAACCGUCGGCUAACCGUCAGCUAGCCAGCAACUUUAUGUAAAUGUCUGUAAAAAAAAGAAUUAAACUUCUUCACCACAACC